AUGAGAUCCUCCUUCAUAAGCAAUGUGGUAUUCAGUGCUCAAAAACACCCCAUCAAAAGGUAGACCUCAACUAUGAGAGACAAAUAAAUACUUUUUUGCCCCACUGUAUCCAGCAUUCACCAAACAGACUUCAAAGGACGAUCCUCAUGUGUUGGUAAUUACUCAGCAUACUACUAUGUAUCCAGCAUAUCACCAAACAAACUCCAGAGAAGAUCCUCUCAUAUCCAGAUUAGCACAUGUGGGUAAAGAAAAUACUCGCCAUAGUGCAGUAUCAUCCAACAAAUUUAUUGUCAAACAAAUCACACUCACAAUGAGCAAAUAA